AUGGUUCAACAUUUUGUUAAGCAAAUGCAAUAUGAAUUUGAGAUGAGUCUUGUUGGUGAAUUAACCUAUUUUCUUGGACUUCAAGUAAAACAGAUGGAUGAUUCUAUUUUCAUCUCUCAAAGUAAGUAUGCCAAGAAUAUAGUGAAGAAGUUUGGUAUGGAGAAUGCUAGUCACGAGGGGACACCUGCACCCACUUAUUUGAAGUUAUCUAAAGAUGAAAAAGGUGUUGUAAGCGUUUGUGCAAGAUAUCAAGCUGAGCCUAAAAUGAGUCACAUUAAUCAAGUGAAGAUGAUUCUCAACUUUGAUUCCAUGCUUGUAGGAUAUUGUGAUGCAGAUUGGGCACAUAGUGCUGAUGAUAGGAAGAGCACUUCAGGAGGUUGUUUCUUCUUAGGAAAUAAUUGUAUAUCUCGGUUCAGCAAGAAGAAAAAAAUGGUGUCCCUAUCCACUGUUGAGGCUGAGUAUAUUAUAGUAGAAAGUAGUAACUCUUAA